CUAGAACAGGAAGGUGAUGUGUUGUUCAUUUGGCAAGAUGUCGGGCCACGAUCAGCUGGUCCUCUGUCUGUGCGAAUUAACUAGGCUGCUGUGGAAGCUGCUGCUGCCGCUGGUGGUUCUGGUGCUGCUGCUGGUCGCGGUAGCGGUCCUGCUGGUGCUGGCCGUGCGCUUCUGGCUCCAGAGCAACAGGAGCGCUCGGCGGGCGAGGGAUGGACGUCCCACCGUGGCCUUCUUCCACCCAUACUGCAACGCUGGUGGUGGGGGGGAGAGGGUGCUCUGGUGUGCCAUCCGGGCUCUGCAGAGCAGGUAUGUGGACAUCAACUUCGUGGUGUACACGGGGGACCUGGGUGUCACGGGUCAGCAGAUCCUGGACGGGGCGAGGCGGAGAUUCAACAUCGUGCUCCCCCGCCCGGUGCAGUUUGUGUUCCUGAGGCACCGGCUGCUGGUGGAGCCCAGCCUGUUCCCUCACUUCACGCUGCUGGGGCAGAGCGUGGGCUCCAUCUUCCUGGGAUGGGAGGCUCUGAUGGAGUUCGUCCCAGACCUUUACAUCGACUCCAUGGGCUUCGCCUUCACUCUGCCUCUGUUCCGCUACCUGGGGGGCUGCAGCGUGGGGAGCUACGUCCACUACCCCACCAUCAGCACUGACAUGCUGUCUGUAGUGAGAGAGAGGAACCCCAGGUUCAACAACGCUGACUACGUCUCAAACAGCCUUUUCCUGAGUGCCUUCAAGGUGGUGUACUACUGCCUGCUGGCCCUGCUCUACGGCAUGGCGGGCUCCUGCAGCGACCUGGUGAUGGUCAACUCCUCCUGGACCCUGGACCACAUCCUGUCCCUGUGGCGCGCCCCCAACCGCACAAGCGUGGUUUACCCGCCCUGCGACGUUAGCGCCUUCCUGGACAUCCCGCUGGAGGAGGACGGGGACAAGAAGUGCCACUCCAUCGUCUCCAUCGGGCAGUUCAGGCCCGAGAAGGACCACCGGCUGCAGAUCAGAGCCUUCAAGAAGGUGCUGGACCGGGGGAGGGCGGGGCCGCUGAAGCUGGUGCUGAUCGGUGGGUGCAGGAACCAGGAGGACGAGGACCGGGUGCUCAUGUUGAGGGGCCUCUGCCAGGAGCUGGGAGUGGCCGACCGGGUGGAGUUCAAACUGAACGUCCCCUUCGAGGAGCUGAAGAGAGAGCUGGGAGACGCCACCAUCGGACUGCACACCAUGUGGAACGAACACUUUGGAAUAGGCAUUGUGGAGUGUAUGGCAGCAGGGAAUAUCAUUCUGGCGCACAAGUCCGGCGGUCCCAAGAUGGACAUUGUGGUUCCUUUCGAGGGGGCCCAGACGGGCUUCCUGGCGGACGACGAGGACAGUUACGCGGAGGCCGUGGAGAGGAUCCUGGCUCUGUCCCCCGCCGCUCGGCUGCUCAUCAGAAGCAACGCUCGGCAGUCCGUGGCUCGCUUCUCAGAUCAGGAGUUCGAAGCCUGCUUCCUCGCUGCCAUGGAGCCUCUGAUGGGAACGCUUGAACGAUGAGGGACUUGUGUGCAUGUACAGUUGAUGUCAUACAGACACUUUGAGCACCUUUACUUUGAUGCACUUACGGCCGCAUUCACACUGUUGGACUGAUCUCUCACACAGAGGGCUGCUGAAGUUAUUUUCUUUUGACUCAAAUGAAUAAAGACAGAUUCAAAUCAUUCCUUUUUAAAUGUCUAAAUGCAGUUCAGAGGCCAGCCCUAUACCAGUCAAAUAAAAGCCGUCGUCAGGCAGAAUCCAGAUAUAGAAACAUGUGGUGUUCUCUUGUAGCGAGUUGUUUUUGUAAAUAAUUGACCCUCAAAAUCCCUCAUUGCAUUUUAUGGAACCGUUCCUUUUGUUAGUAGUUUCAGUUUAAUUAAAAGAAGAUGGGUGAAUGGGAACAAAUGAGUGUAUUAGACGGCUGAUAAAUGUUACUGGACUAUAUUAACAUAUUUAUUGUUUACAAGAACUAGAAUUCUCUUCAUGCUCUAAAUGUGAUUAUUUUUGAUAUUGACCAUGAAUGUAAUAAAGAUAUUAGGGGAAUGAU